AUGCCCCGUCUGAGUGCGGCUGCUCAGGAAGCGAUCAACCGCCUAAGAGCAUUCAAGCCCCCACCAACCAGCUACGACCUCGUCCCGCUGUCGCGUCGCGCAGCAGUACUGCUUCUGCUCUAUGCGGAUGCGAAGGGCGACUUGAGAGUUGUGUUGACGAUAAGGGCAAGCACGCUUAGUUCUUGUAUGUCUCUGUCUUCCUUGAUUGUCACUGUGCGCCAGAGACAGGCUGCUUUACCAGGUGGCAAAUCCGACUCGUUGGAUGAAACCCCUCUUCAAACCGCCCGCCGCGAAGCCCACGAGGAAAUCGGCCUGCCAAAUCUAAUCCAGCCCCUCCCACCCCCGUUUAGAGUAGAACAUCUGUGCGAAAUCCCGUGCUCACUAGCCCGCACUGAGCUAGUUGUGCGGCCGUGCGUAGCACUCCUGCAUACAUUUGACGAGAGGACAGGCGAAAACGCGGACCCAGAGAUCACGCUGAUUCCGCGCUUGGAUGCGCGGGAGGUGGCAGCGGUUUUUACGGCGCCGUUUUACGACUUCUUAAAAUUGAAGCCCGCUGGCGAUGAGGGGUGGUAUAGAGGUGUUUGGAAUGAGUGGUGGGGGACGCAAUGGAGGAUGCACCAAUUCUUCGUCCCCGUAAACCCGGACAAGGUGGUGAAGCCGCGCCCGCACCACGCAAGACAGGAAGAAGCAGUUCGUGAUCUAGAGGAGCAAGAAAGCAAGCAGCAACGGAGCCAUCAGUCGCAAGGUCAAGCAGCAGAACAAGGGAGGUCCGAUUCCGUCACCAGGUACAGAGUGUUCGGCAUGACAGCCAGAAUCCUUGUCGAUGCAGCCCGGAUUGCGUACAGCACUGAGCCGGAGUUCGAGCAUAAUCGGCAUUCUGGAGACGAGGAGCUGAUUGCGAGGCUGAGAAGGAGGGGCCGUCACUACCUAAACACUCUACGUAGUGUUGAGGUGCCCAUAUGCAGACCUCUAAUAUCUGUAUACCUGCAGGUUAGAAAUAGCUCGGAUAAUGCUGCAAUACCUUCAGAAGCGAAGCCAAACUGUGCUACCCUAGUCGGCUUAGGUCUCAACCUGGGCUUAUUUUCUGUCGCGGAAAUUCGCCUACUUGGCGGGUCUAGUGCUAGCUGA